GGGGUUUUACGCGCGCGCACCGGGGGCUUCAUGUAGACUGUAACCGGAGCGCACGGUGGGAGACUUGUCGUCGGCUUCCUUUGCGCCAUGGAGGAUUGCUGCUCCCCAGAAAGCGAGAAGAUGGAAGCGUGGCUGGACGACCACUUGGAGUUCACCCACUCCUACUUCAUCAGAAAGGCGUCAAGGGAGAUGGUGAAUGCCUGGUUCGCUGAGCGCGUCCACUCCAUCCAGCCAUCUGCCUCCAAAGAAAAUCCAGCUCAGCAGCGGCCCAACCAGUCGUCCACAGACUCUGGUCCCCCCUCUGCCUCCACCAUCCUCCCACCUGCGCUCAGCCUCUUGGACAAUCGCUGCCCUUCCCCGGCCCCUAGCCCGGCCCCCGGUACCCCGACCCGCAAAAUCUCCGCUUCAGAGUUCGACCGCCCGCUCAGACCCAUCGUUGUUAAGGACUCUGAGGGCUCUCUGAGGUUUCUGAGCGACACUGACCGUGAAACUGUCCCCCUCCGAGGCUCGGUGAUGGGUGAGGGUGGUGUUGUUGGGGGUGGUGGUAACGGAGGCGGAUGCAGCGGGGCAGGUAGCGUCAGGGGGGGCGACCGCUGCGCCAGGCUGCUGGAGCUGGUGAAGGACGUGUCGAGUCAUCUGGAUGUGACAGCACUCUGCCACAAGAUCUUCCUCCACAUCAACGAGCUGAUCGCUGCAGACCGCUACUCGCUGUUCCUGGUGGGUGAGGACAGCUCCAACAGAAAGUUCUUGGUCAGCCGGCUGUUCGACGUGGCCGAGGGAUCCACACUGGAGGAAUCCUCCAGUAAUUGCAUCCGUCUGGAGUGGAACAAGGGCAUCAUAGGACACGUCGCCGCAACGGGUCAGCCACUCAGCAUCAAGAACGCGUACGAGGACCCGAGGUUCAAUGCUGAGGUCGACCUGAUCACGGGUUACAAAACCCAGAGUAUCCUGUGUCUGCCCAUCAAGAACCACAGAGACGAGGUCGUCGGAGUGGCUCAGGCUAUCAAUAAGAAGUGUGGGGAGGAUGGUGCCUUCACUGAACAGGAUGAAAAGGACUUCUCCGCCUAUUUGGCCUUUUCAGGCAUCGUCCUGCACAACGCUCAGCUCUACGAGACGUCGCAGCUGGAGAACAGGCGCAAUCAGGUGCUGUUGGAUUUGGCCAGUCUGAUCUUUGAGGAGCAGCAGUGUCUUGAGGUUUUACUGAAGAAGAUCGCAGGAACCAUUCUGUCCUUCAUGCAGGCACAUGCCUGUACUGUCUUCACUGCUGACGAAGACUCAAUGAACUCCUUCUCUAGUGUCUUUCACAUGGAGUACGAGGAGCUGGGUGAAGUCCUAGAUGCUCCCAAAAGGGACUGUGAUGUCAGUCAGAUUAACUACAUGUACGCCCAGUACGUCAAAAACACAAUGCAGCCUCUCAACAUCGCAGACGUCACCAAGGACCAACGCUUCCCCUGGACAAGUGAAAACCCAGAUCACACCAGCAACCAGAUAAAGAGUUUGCUCUGCACUCCCAUCAGGAAUGCAAAGAAGGACAAAGUCAUAGGUGUAUGUCAAUUGGCGAACAAGAUGGAUGAAGCGUCGGGCAGCGUGAAGGCCUUCAACAGGAACGACGAGCAGUUCCUGGAGGCCUUCGCCAUCUUCUGUGGUCUGGGCAUCCAGAACACACAGAUGUACGAAACCGUGGAGAGAGCCAUGGCAAAGCAGGAGGUCACACUGGAGGUUCUGUCGUAUCACGCCUCCGCCACAGAGGAAGAGACGCGUGAACUGCAGGUAACAGCGGUAGCCACAAUCCCGUCUGCCCAGUCGCUGCGUCUUCUGGACUUCAGCUUCAGCGACUUCGACUUGUCGGACACCGAAACCACGUUGGGUACCAUCCGCAUGUUUGUUGACCUCAACCUGGUCCAGAACUUCCAGAUGAAGUACACGAGUCUAUGCCAGUGGGUUCUGAGUGUGAAGAAGAACUACAGGAAGAAUGUGGCCUAUCACAACUGGAGGCACGCCUUCAACACAGCCCAGUCCAUGUUCGCCCUCCUCAAGUCAGGACGCUUACAGAAUAACCUGAGUGAUCUGGAGGUCUUGGCUCUGAUGAUUGCAACUCUCAGCCACGACCUGGACCACAGAGGAGUCAACAACUCCUACAUACAGAGGAGCGACCACCCACUGGCCCAGCUCUACUGCCACUCCACCAUGGAGCACCACCACUUCGACCAGUGCCUCAUGAUCCUCAACAGCCCUGGAAACCAGAUCCUAAGCGGCCUCUCCCUGGACGAGUACAAGGCCACUCUGAAGAUGAUCGAGAGGGCUAUUCUGGCCACUGACCUGGCUCUGUACAUGAAGAGGCGAGGGGAGUUCUUUGAGCUCACUAAGAACAGUCAGUUUGUUUGGGAGGACGAACAUCACAGAGAUUUACUGAGGUCAAUGCUGAUGACUGCAUGUGACAUCUCGGCCAUCACCAAGCCGUGGCCUGUGCAGAAGAGGAUCGCAGAGCUGGUGGCCACUGAAUUCUUUGAACAGGGGGAUAAGGAGAGGCGGGAGCUAAACAUCGAACCGAUUGACCUGAUGAAUCGUGAGAAAAGAGAUAAGAUACCCAGCAUGCAGGUGUCCUUCAUUGAUGCCAUUUGCACUCAAUUAUAUGAGACUUUGGCGGGCAUGUCCGAGCAUUGCUCCCCGUUGUUGGAAGGAUGUCAGAAAAACCGGCAGCAUUGGAAGCGCCUGGCUGAGGAGUGCGAGAAGGAUCUGGUCAACGGCUUGGUGUGAUCCCGAAGCCAGAUUUGCUUUUCUACCGAACACAAAUUUCCAGGGCUCUCCCUGUUCAACUGGUCUCACAAAGUUUCGUGAAAUAAGCAUGACAUACAUACAUAUGCAUGACAGAUCAAAUAACCCUUUGUGAAUGGAAAACGACCUUACCAGGAAAAGAUUAUGUCGUGGAGAAAGGAAAGCAUAGAUUUUGAUUAUGAAAGUGCAGAUACUCCUGCAUUCAACUAUUGAAAUCUUGGAGCUGCUUCAGGUCCCAAGUUAUUUUUGAAAGUUUCUAGAACCCUUUCUAGUUU